UUUUUUAAUUCUGUAGAUCGCUGUAGACAUUGUCGCGUUUGCUAUUAUGCCAGUUGCGUAAUGAGAUUUUCGUAAGUUUUUUGGUAACACUGCAGCGGUUAAACGGUUACAGAAGUAGUUGCGCGGCUAACUCGAUGCUGUUGCUGUAACACAUUGAAUGCUAUUCAAUGCAAUCGUUGCAUACGAAUGCUAAGACUUUUUAUAAGUUGUAAGAAGGUCGCAGCUUCAGACGAAGGUCAACGAUCUCAACAGACGUAGAUGCAAGAUAUCCAACAGAAACAAAACGGCAUCGGGCUAAUAUUUUGGAGUUUUAUAAAAGACUUUGUGUAUUUAUAUUUAAAGUUUUUGCUGUACGCUGUGGCUAUAUACAUACUGUUCUACUAUUACGACUACUACUUUGGAUAGUGUAGGCAGACAGCGAUGUGAAGUGUUACUGUGAACAUUGUGGAACUUAUUGAGUGUUAAACUUAUUUCAAAUUAUCACAACGGACCAGUCGGGUCACACUGGCAGAAUGAAACGCUCUCGACACAGAUGGCUGGGACUCAGCUUGUUUUGUGUGUUAAUGUUGGUGGUGUCAGUUGAGGUGCCGGGCGCGCGUGCAGUGCGCGCCACCUCACUCAUCUUCGCCAAGACUUCCAGCACGACCAGCGCACCAGAAGACACCUCGGAGACAGAAGAUGAUGCAAUGACAGAGACGACUGCAGAGGGCGCUGAGGGCGCGGAGGCUCAGAACGCGACAAAGAAGUUGUCCGGUAUCCCUCAGAUAGACUACAUCUACGACCCUAACCUCCCCCGAGAACUCAAUGGAUACAAUCUCUCAGAAUAUCCCUUCUAUGAAGCAGUGCCUCCGCCUGAGACCAUGGACUUCAAAUGUGAUGGACUGCAUGACGGAUUCUAUGCUUCAGUACCUCACAAAUGUCAGGUGUACCACCAUUGCCUGUUCGGUACGCGGUACGACUUUCUGUGCGCAAACUACACAGCCUUCGAUCAAAAGACCUUCAUCUGUCAUUUCGUCUCCGAGGUCGAUUGCAAGAACUCCCCCAACUACUUUAACAGGAACGAGGCUCUGUAUAAAGCGGCAACAACAGCGGCGCCCCCACCUCCGCCGACCACGACUACGACCAGCACGACCACAGCCCCCCCGCGCCCGCAGCGCCCUCCGCGACGCCGUCGUCCCAGCUACCGAUACGAUUACUAUGACGAUGAGUACUACUACCCCGCCAGAGACGACUACGACUACGGCUACGAAGAACGAGGUGGCAGAACACGUAGACCGCAAGGGAGACCAGCAAGACCAGCUAAAAGAAGGCCAUAUGACGACUAUGAUGAGAAAUAUGAACCCAGACCUAGACCAAGGGAUGAAAGUGAAGACUACGCUGAAGAAAGAAGACCGUACGACAGAAGACCUGGGAAAAGGCCUUACCUAGAAAGAAGGCCUUAUGAUGAUGAAGACAGAAUGACAGAGCGGCGUCCUAAUUACAAGGGAGGCAGAAGGCCGGGUCGACCGAGAGAUACCGAAGAAGAUCAGUACAAACCUGUAGACGAGGACAGACCGCGCGCUGCACCACGUGAUCAAAAAAGAAAUGAAUAUAGACCUAGAGACAAAAACCGGCCUAUUGAUGAUAUGGGCGAUAGAGCGCAAGAAGACGAAAGUUCUAGAGAUGUGCCUUGGGAAGAUAGACCUAGAUCUGAGUCGAGGUACCGCAAUGAAGGUAGACCAAGAGAUGAUAUUAGACCGCGAGAUGAAGCCAAACCCACCGUCGAUAUCACUUCACCGGAUGAGUUACCAUCCGGAAGAGGUGAUGUUAAGUCCCGAGAUGAAAAACGGCCAAGGGAUGAAAUGUUGCCAAGGGAUGAGAUCAGACCUAGAGAUGAAAUUCGACCCCGAGACGAAAUACGGCCUCGGGACGAGAUCCGUUCACGGGAUGAAACAAGACCUAGAGAUGUUAGACCCAGAGAUGACGUGAGAUCUAGAGAAGAUAAGAGGCCUAGGGAUGAGACUAGAUACAGAGAUGACAUUCGGCCAAGAGAUGAAAGAAGACCUUUGAGAGAGGAAGCGGGAAAUGAAGAUGGUAAAAGAGAUAGCAUUAAACCAAGAGAUCGGUAUCAACCAACCGAAGGUAGGCGUCUUUACAACAGAGAUGAAAGACCUUACCGAAGAGAAGAAAGACCUGCUUACUUAAAACCUGAAAAAAAUAAUGAAAGUGAGGAUAAAGUACAAGAAGAUAAACGUCAACUUCCAUCUGCUCCAGAAGGUCAGCCUUUGGUGAAGCCUAACGGUCAUGGUAUUUUUAGCCAACCGCGUAUGCCUCCAAAAAUAAAACGCCCAGUACCGGCUACUGAAAAAGACAAAUAUGAUUACGUUCCUAUAGCUACUACGAAACCUCCGCCAAAAAUAGACGAUGAAUAUUACGAUGAUUACGAAGAAGAAGUAAGUAAACCGUCAUCUUCCGGAAAAUCUAGUACAAUUCAGCAAAGGCCAAAACCGGAACCAGUUGUUAAAGAAAAAUUUAAGCCAACAAGGUCAUAUUUAACAGCACCGGGCAACCAAAAGGUCCAGAACCAGAAAAGAGUAGAAGAUUAUGAUGAAUACGAAUACGAACAACCAGCAAAGAAACCCAGUUAUUAUCAACGCAAUAGAGAUGAACGACUCGCAAAACCAAACACAAGCGAGGACGACUAUUACUAUGAAGAGGAAAAACAUCCGAGCACUGAGAAAGCUAAAUUAAAAGAAGAGGAUAUUGUAAUAAAGAUUAAAGAAGUCCGCCCUUCUAACGUCAGAGUUGUUAAACGUCCUUUUUUACCGUCUAGGGGUGGAAGUCCCUAUCUGCCGCGUGGCUUGCAACCCGUAGCAGGUAAGGAUUUAAACAUGCCUCCCAACACCACCCCUAAACCCACUACCACAACUACUACCACGACUACCACGACCACUACAACGACCACUACUACCCCGGCUCCACCUACGACUACUACACCUACAACCACAGAAGCAACUACAACUACAACUGAAAAAGUGACAACAACUUUAGGUACAGAAAAACCAACGCACGAAGAAAACUUUAAGCCCGAAGAAGAAUACGAGUAUUAUGAUGAGGAAGAUAUCGAAUACGAAGGACAUGACAAAAAGCAACAAGAAAUUAAAGAAACAACUACAAGUGAAGUGAUAGUAACAAAGCCAACGACGACCACGAGUACAGAGGCCACGACGCCGGCAGACAAGGCAAAGGUCCUCGCCACGAAGGUCCUCAGGGUCUUCAAUGAUAAUUACGAAGCUAUAAGGAAUAAGUUGCAAUCGACAUUAGCACCGGCCGACUACCUCAAGCCCUACCUCGCAACGUCCGAGCCAAUACCGAACAAGGACGUCAGGUAUAAGUCACCGCAGCUAAAACCUGAAAUCUCUAAGCCUUACACGGCGACGGGAAAACCUUUGCGAGUGCCGGAGGAUUUUUCGAUAAAACAAAAUCUAGCUGAUUCAAUAGAAAACGAUUACGACGUGGCGCUGAACGAGGCACUGGCCUCCAUCCCUCCUAAAGUAAGAGUUCCUAGUGGCUUCGUCGUGUCUCCGGAGAGGGACUACUCUUUUACAAGGUAUAGGAACAAUUUCAACACAGAACCACAAUACGCGGCGUCCGAGUUGAGCACUUUACAAACGAGAAAACGGCCACAAGUACAAGGUGUCAGCAUAAGAACUCCCACCACGUUUUACCUGCACCCGCAAAGGGUCAGUUACCAUGACGACGGGCUAACGAGGCCGCCGCGACAGCUGGUGUACCGACAGCAUCCCACCACCAGUUUCUUCUAAGCAUUUCUCACAGGUAACCUUUGAAAGACUCGAAUGCAGACGGAACAGAUUUUACAUACAAACUUUUUACUUUUAAGACAAAGGGUUACAUGUUAGAUGGAGAAAUAAAUUAUGAAGCUUAAAACGAUAUAAACAUAGUUGAUAUUAAUUAUUGAAUGAUAAUUCUCUUUGAACUCAACAUUUCCGGACUAGUUGCUAGAUAUUUAUUUAGUGAUUAAAAAACUAUUAUAAUUAUUAUCUUCAAUGCAAUUAUUAGAAGAAAACAUCAUCACUGCCAAUUUAUAAUACUAGUUAAGGUCAAUAAAUACUCCUUAGUUACCCUAUUUUUAAGAAAAUCGUUUUUUCAAAGGUUUCCUGUAGACUUGAACUGUCGGAGAAAAAUUACUCGUCCCCCUUGAAAAAAAUUACCGUAUUUAUAACAAAAUUAUUCAAUGACCUUAGGAACCGAUUAUUGUGAACAAAAAUGUCGUCGUAACGUAGACUGCGGCAGGCACUGAGUGAUUUUUCACGACAGUUUCGUAAAUUUGUAAAUUUUAUAAAUAUGAAAUCAGUUGAUAAGUUUAUAAUUAAUUAUAAUUGAUAUUUGUAAGAUAAUUUUCUAAAAUUCAUUAAAGAAAACAUGAAAAUUGUG